AUGGCUACUUCGUUCCCUCCUCCUCCCGUCAGCACCAUUGACUGGGACAACAUUGGCUUCCAAGUCCGCGAAGUAAACGGCCACAUCGAAUCCACCUUCUCCAAGAAAACAGGCCAAUGGACUCCUCCCAAAUUCGUCACCGACCCUUACCUUCGCAUUCACGGCAUGGCUCCCGGUCUCAACUACGGCCAACAAUGCUACGAAGGUCUCAAAGCCUUCCGCACACCCGAUGACUCGGCAAUCACCAUCUUCCGCCCUUCCAUGAAUGCGAAACGCAUGCAACAUUCCGCCUCUUUCGUCAGCAUGCCCGAAGUCCCCGUCGAGCAUUUCGAGAACUGUGUCAAAGCCGCUGUGGCAUUGAAUGCGGAAUUCGUACCUCCGGCUAGAACUGGGGCGGCCAUGUACAUUCGCCCUUUGCUGUUUGGAUCUUCUGCGCAGUUGGGCUUGUCUCCACCCGAGGAUUAUACCUUUGUGGUUUGGGUGUUGCCUGUAGGUGUUUAUCACGGUGUUCAUUCCGUGCCUGCUCUUAUCCUCGAAGAUUUCGACCGCGCUGCUCCUCAUGGAACCGGAUCUGCCAAGGUCGGCGGCAACUAUGCGCCUGUGUUGAGGUUCAGUGAGCGGGCCAGAGCUGAUGGGUUUGGCAUUACUUUGCAUUUGGACUCGAGGACGAGAACGGAGAUUGACGAGUUCAGCACUUCUGCAUUCUUGGGUGUCAAGAAGGAGGGAGAAAAGACUACUAUUGUGGUUCCUGACAGCAAGAACGUCAUCGAGAGUGUAACCGCAGACAGCGUUUGCGAUAUCGCCAGAAGCUUUGGUUGGACUGUCGAGAAGAGAGCUAUCAACUAUGACGAGCUAUCAACAUUCAACGAAGUCUUCGCAGCCGGCACAGCCGCAGCCCUCGUCCCAAUCAAAUCAAUCACGAUGAAAUCCCGCAACGACACUUUCACCUACCUCGACUCCGACGAGCCCGGUCCCGCUUGCCUCAAACUUCUCGACAACCUAAAGGGCAUCCAGACCGGUAGAUACGAAGACAAGUUCGGCUGGAACGUCAAGGUCGAGCAAGUGCAGAGGAGUGAAUUUGAAGGCGAAGCAAGAGAUGAGACUAAAGGUGGUAAUGUUGAUAAGAUGCCUUAG